AUGCAACAAAAUGGAGAUCCACGUCGGCCGAAUCGAAUUGUUCGGUAAAAACUGUUCUAAAGCCAACAAUAUUUCCGGUUUUGCAGAUUCAAGCCAAUCGACGCGACCGCAAAUCAACAGCAAGCGGUCAGUGAAGACCCUCUUCCGGAGUACAUGAACGUGCUCGGAAUGAUCUUCAGCAUGUGCGGACUAAUGAUGCGGGUUGGUAUUUUGAAGAGGGAAAUAGGAUGUUCAAUGGGAACUGUUCCAGAUGAAAUGGUGCUCGUGGAUCGCUCUCAUCUGCUCGUGCAUCUCGUUCGCCAAUACACGCACUUCCGACGACGCCAAGCAGAUUGUCAGUAGCUUCAUGUUAGUGAAAAACUGCCAUAUUCUUCUAAACGGUGUGUUUUCAGGCUCUCCGUGUCGGCCGUUGUCAUGAGUUACCUCCAGAAUCCGUCUCCGAUCAUUCCACCGUGGGUCACGCUUCUCCAGUCUUGA